AGACACUUCCCGAGAGGAUGAGAGCGUCCCGCAGCUGAGAGCCGCCACUGGGCACCGGGAUUCGGGGGUGUACACGCCGUGGGGGGCAACAGGGGAUCCCAUGCGAUGUGAGUGAGCUAUGCAUUGUGGAAAUGGCCAGGCUGCAGCCCAGAGGAAAGAUGGCGCCUCCCCCCCUGCGCUGGGACUGCGGGUCUGCCCCUUCUUGCUUCUCCUGCUGGGGCUCGGAUGGGGGGCAGCGGGAUGGUGCCAGCCCUGCCCGGGGAACUGUACGUGUACCGGGGAUCCGCAGGCUGCAUCCUGCCUGGUGAACUGCUCUGCCCUGGGACUGGUGGCGCUUGAGACUGUCCCGGCUGAAGUCACUGUGCUAGACCUCUCCAACAACAGCAUUGAGUCUUUGGAAAAAGCACUGUUUGAAAAUCUAGACUUUCUACAGACAUUACAUAUCAGCAACAAUCAGAUCACCACCCUGGAAGAUGGAAUAUUUGCAAAUUUAUUGAAUUUAAGUGAGGUAAACCUAAGUGAGAAUCCCUGGUUCUGCGACUGUCGCCUUUCCUGGCUUCCUCGCUGGGCUGAUGAGGCUGGGGUCACGUUACUAGAGAAGGACUCUACACUCUGUGCUCAGCCAUCGCUAGUGUCUGGCCAACAUCUGCUUAACGUAUCGUUCUCCAGGUCUGCUUGUGGCACUGAAUUCAUCUAUUGUGCACAUAAUUCCUCUGCCGGUAAUGAAUCUGUGUUGGUCUUUAACCAAAUACACUCUGGUAAUCUCAGUAGCGAGUCCUGCAGCGCACAGUGUUUUGCUGAGCAUCAUACCUAUGGCGCCUGGAACCUUUCCCAUGGAUGCCUGUGCGGUGAUGCCAUCUCGUCCAAUCAUUCUUCUCACUGUCACGCUGUUUGUGAGACACCAUCUCUUUUCUCCAGAUGUGGCCUGAUUAAUGUUCAGGAUUUUUUCAAAGCAGGUCCUGAAUUUAUCUACUGUCCUCAAAAUCCUACUGCUGGCAAUGAAUCGGUUGUGGUCUUUAAGCCAAUCCGCUCUGAGGCGCUCAGCAAAGUGUCUUGUAGCGCACAUUGUUUUCUUGAAAAUUACACACAUGGAGCCUUGGACCCUCAGUACGGAUGUCUCUGUGGUGGAGCUCUCUUGCCUAAUACAACUUCAUUGUGUCUUAAUGCUUGUGAAACUCCAUCUCUUUCUUCCAGCUGUGGUUUGGUUGCUCUGGAGGAUGUCAUUGUGGCUCAGUUGUCCGCCUCUAUCUAUCCGUCACAAGAAAUAUAUAGCUUGGGGGAAGCUGUGCACCUACAAGUAUUGGCACCUAUCCCUGUCAUUCCUAUUCAGUGGGAUCUUGGAGACCAGAUUUUCAACCUUACAGAGAAGAGCAUUAGUUACCGCUAUCCCCAGCCAGGGCUCUACAAUGUGACAGUGACACUACAGGUGGGAAGCAGACUUGUGCCUGUUAGCACUAAAGUGCAUGUGAUGGCUGUUCCUAAGAAGCUGCAGAUCAUUUGCCCUUUAAUGGUCAAAAUCAAUGAAAGCCUGGAGAUCAAUGUCACAAGCAGAGGUGGCACUGAGGUGGACGUUCAAUACCGUGUCACCUUAAAUAACCCCAGCCCAGUGUCAUUGUGCCCAUCUGGGAGUCUUGCGUUUCCUGAGAACAAUCAUUGUUAUCAGCUGGUAACUGAUAAAGCUGGGUGGUUUGAUGCGCAGCAGAUCUGCCAUAAUCUUGGUAAUGGGAAGCUGGCGAUUGUCAGGAGUCCUGAAGUCCGGUCUUUUCUUUUGGAUCAUGUUAUGAGUGGCCUUGCAGUGUGGAUUGGAUUCAAUGAUUCUGGAAGUGUAGAGUCUCUUCCGGAGGGGGAACGUUUUGACCUGGAGAGCUGCCAGAACUGGCUUCCGGGACAACCCGAACCAUCUCAGGCUGAUCGUUGUGUGAGAAUGGGACCCACCAUGCUGUGUAACACAGACCUGUGCACUGCCAAGCAUAGCUUUGUUUGUGAAUACAAGCCACAAGACAUAUCCCUGAAUGCCGAAUACUUUGUGGUGGGAUCUCCGUUGUUUGAUGUGAAGUGGCCCUUACAGAAAUUGCAGCUGAUAGAGAACACGUCAUUUCCUCAUGCAGAGGUGGAGGUGCUUAUUUUUCCGGGAGUGCAAUUUACACGGAAAGUCUAUUUAUCUGCGUUGGAAUUUGUCACUGAGAAUGUGCGGAGACAAGUGAAUAUGAAGUUUCAGGUCUUUACACGAUCAGAUGAGCAAGCUUGUCUACCAGAGGGUCCGACCUCUUUGCCCAGUCUCCUGAAUAAUGAGACCCUUACAGAGUACGAGGAGGGGAUGGAUUUUUCUAAUUCCACCAAUAGCAGUAUUCCAACUGACACAGGGUGUGUCUCAGUCAACGAAUCCACAGUGUCAACCCCGUCAUUACCUCUGGCCAAUUGGAGCGGGACCAGCUAUGUUUUGCUAACAGAAUUCAUGUUCUCUAUUCCUCCUGGGAACGAGACACAGUAUUUAGUGUUAUUUGAUGAUGUAAGAAUUGAUGUGCCUGAGAAUCACCUCUUUGUCAUUCAGCAUGAUGCACCCCAUGAGGAAUUAUUACAUAACCAUUAUUCUAAUCCUGGUUACAAAGUUCUCCAGCAUCCUGAUUGGAUAAGAUGCAUCUCUGGAGAACUUCUAGGAGAAGCGUGGACCAAUAGCACAACUCGCAGUUGGAAAGAAGUUGAGCAGGAAAAUAACAUCCCCUGGCCCAUCAGAAUUACUGGGACUACAGAAAACAUCACUCCUAUUCUCAGACCACAUUUGAACCCAGGUCUAAGUCACCCUGGACAGUAUACAGUCACAGCACAAUUCAGCAACUUAGUGUUUAAAGACAACAAAUCCUGCAGUUUUUGGGUGGUGUCACCAGUUUCAGGUUUACAAGUAAUAUACCCAGUGCCACAGCAAGAUAUUAUAUAUGUCCCAACAAAUAAUACUUUUCUAAUACUUAAGAUACUCUCAGGAUCUAAUGCGUCAGCCUCAUGGACUGGUAGCAACCAGAGAUGGAUCUUUGAUCGGAUGUGUCCUCCAGCUAUUGCUGCUUUGACUUCAGAGUGUGCGGGGGAAGAGGAGGAUGUGUGGUACUCUGAGAUCUACCUGGAACAUCUCGGUGAGGACGUCUCAGAUGUAUGUGUCACUGCGCAGAAUGCUAUCAACUCACAGAACUUAACCGUUCAGGUGAAAGUGGAAGAGCCCAUUAGAGGACUGACCGCGAGACCUUACCCACAAACAAGAGUCCUGCUUAAUGAAAGAGUGAACUAUGUUGCUUCAGUGGAGUCCGGCACAGAUGUGCAAUAUAAAUGGACUGUGGAUGACAAGCCGUCUUUUACAUACUACAAUGUAGCCUUCAAUGUCAUUUACAAGGGAGCAGCUGUUUACAAACUUUCGCUGACCGCCUCAAACCAUGUAAGCAAUGCCACACUGAGCUACAAUGUUACGGUAGAGAAGAUGAACGUGAUGGGUUCCCUGCUUGUCCUUGGCGUUCCUGAUAUAGCUACACAGAAUGCUUCUCUGGAUCUUUCAGCCAGUUUACUUGUUGACUCUGCAGUGGACGCCCUGUUUAGCUGGACAUUUGGAGAUGGGACAAAGCAGUCUUUCCAAUACCGACCUCCGUAUAACUUGUCUUACCCUGAUCCAUCAAUCCACCAGGUGUUGAUAGAGAAUUAUAUCACACAUGCUUAUCAAGAGCCAGGAGCCUACAACAUAACAGUAGUUGUAUCCAACAAAUAUGAAAAUGUCUCCAAGAUAAUCCCAGUGCAAGUUCAAGGCAUCUUGACCAAUCUUACCAUUAAUGUCGAUAAGCUAGUGCUUGUGAGCGGGAGACCCAUUUUGUUCCAAGCUUCUGUGAUGCCUUCAAAUUUUGGAGUUCUCUACAGCUGGGAUUUUAGUGAUGGUUCUUUACAGUCAGAUAGCAGUGAUGUCACAGUAAAUCACACCUACUAUCAAAUAGGGAUAUACAACGUCAGCUUAAAGGCAAGGAACAACAUCAGUGAAAAAUGGGCCACAGAGUUCAUUACAGUGCAUGAAAAGAUUACUGGUUUGAUCAUUUACUCUGAUGAAUCAACUGAGAGAGGUUGGCAAACAUUUAUCAAUGCCUCUGUGAAAUCGGGAGAUAACAUUACAUGGACAUUCAAUAUGGGGGAUGGCUUUGUUUUUGAAAGCAACGAACCAAUGAUCAACUAUACAUAUUCCAAAGAUGGAAAUUAUAUAGUUAACGUAACAGCCUCUAAUCCUGUGAACUCUUUGUCAGAAACCUUGAACAUCACCAUAUAUGUAUUACAAGUUCGAAAAAUAGAGCCCUCAACUUGCAUAAUUGAAAAUUCAAAUGUGACACUGACCGCUUCUGUUACUGGUAAAUAUGAGAAUUACAUUUUUAACUGGACAUUUGGCAAUGGCUCUUCCAGUAUCACCAUUUACGGUUUUCCAUCAGUUGAGUAUCAUUUCUCUCAAAGUGGCAACUUACCCCUUUCUCUUAUUCUCUCCAGCAAGGUGAAUCAAGCAUACUACUACUUAAAUGUUUGCAUAGAACCUGAAAUUGUCAAUGUCACACUUUUACCAGCCAGUCAGUAUGUACAACUUGGCAAUGAAAGCCACUUCCAAGUCAUCAUAUUUCCAGUUUACCAAUAUAGAUAUAUAUGGGAUUUUGGGGCAAAUGGCUCAAAAUUUUCUAGUGGAUCUGAAGUUAGCCACAUCUAUAAAUUACCUGGGGUGUAUCAAGUAACAGUUUUUGUUUUCAAUAAUGUUUCCUCUAACAAUGACACAGUCUUUGUAGACAUUCAAGAACCAGUUGGGACAGUCAGAAUUGAACACAAUGGGACAAAUAUUUUGGAAUUGGAUCAGAUGUACCUUUUUACAGCAGUUGGCAAUGGGACAAAGGUUAAAUACCUGUGGGAUUUUGGAGACGGCAACAUUCAGUAUGGCCAGACAGCAACACAAGCAUAUAACACCACCGGCAGCUUUACUAUUAAUCUAAAUAGUUGGAAUAAUAUAAGUAGCAGUAAAGUGAGCCUAAAUAUCACAGUUAAGACUCGAAUAUAUGGUCUAUGUAUGAAUGCUAGUAGGACAAUAGUACCACUAAAUGGUUCUGUAAGUUUCUCUGCCUAUCUCCUGGCUGGAGAUGAUGUCCGUUACUCUUGGAUAUUAUGUGACCGUUGCAGCCCAAUAUUUUGUUCCUCAACAAUCUCGUACACUUUCCGUUCUGUUGGCACCUUCAAUGUGAUUGUCACAGCUGAGAAUGAAAUUGGUUCUCUUCAGGACAGCAUAAUCAUCUAUGUUUUACAAAUGAUUGAAGGUCUUCAAAUUGUAACAACAGACUUGGUGAGUGACUGCUGCUUCUCAACCAACAGAAGUCUCCUGCUCCAGGCCACAGUAAGGGAUGGUACUAACAUAUCCUACAGCUGGGUCAUCCUGAAGAAUAACAGUGUUGUACAAACUGGUGCUGGAAAGACCUAUCAAUUUGCUAGCAUGGAACCUGAAACAUACACCGUCUUUUUGAAAGCCACCAACAUGUUGGGGAGCAUGAAUGUUAGCAGAAAUAUUGAGUUUAUAGAAAGUAUAGGAGAAACUAAACUUACGGCAUUUCCCAACCCAGCUGCUGUUAACACAACAGUUAACAUUAGUAUGAAUCUAAGCAGUGGAUCGGGGGUAACAUACACAUGGUAUUUAGAAGAAAGUGUAGUCUGGUUCACCUAUGAAUCCUUUAUCCUAUAUAAUUUCCAAAGCCCUAAUUUAAAGAAGGUAUUUGCCGUUGCCAAUAACACAUUAGGUUUGGUUAAUUCCACCAUCACAAUUUUUAUUCAAGAGCCAGUUGAAGGAGUGUCAAUUUUUAAUAUGCACAAAAGGGAUCACAUACCCACAGGAACAGAUCUUUACCUCCGAGGUAGUGUGCAGAGAGGAACAAAUGUCUCAUGGUUUUGGAGGCUUCCUGAUGGUACCAAAGAUGGUAACAUAGUGAUAGUACCAUUUUGUGAACCAGGUUUUUUUACAGUCAGUUUAAAUGCAUCAAAUGAUGUAAGCUGGGAAACGGCUAGUAAAAAUAUCACUGUACAAGACCGGAUAGAAGGCCUAAAAUUGGAGGUGAGCAAAAGAGUUGUGGAACCUGGAGAGACAGUCACUUUUACCAUUAAAUUAGCAGCUGGUUCUUCUGUUACAUACAAGCUGACAAUAAAUGGAGAUUACUCAGUCUUGCUUAAUAGCUCAACUUAUACCCAUGAAUUCACCAAAAUUGGGGGAUAUCCAGUAACUGUAGUUGCACAUAAUGAGGUCAGUGAAGAACGAGAUACGGUGAUGAUCUCUGUCCUUGAAGCCAUAAAGAAUUUGAAAAUCAUAAACUGUUGUGAGGUAGCUAUGCCCGCCAGGGUGGAGAGAGUUUUUACAGCAGAGGUUAGUAACGGCUCACUAGUGGCCUAUACAUGGCAGUUUGAUUUGCAGGGACACUCCACCACCAACUUACCUGGGAGAAAUGUCUCUUAUAUCCCUGAAGGUGCUGGUCUUCUGAAGAUCCACUUGAGUGCAUCAAAUGACUUGGGAAGUCAGAACAUUACAAAAAUAAUAAAAGUUCAAGAACAGAUUGUGUCUGCUUCUCUGAAACCCGUAAACACAUUUGUCAACAGAAGCGUGUCAUUUGAAGUGGUGAUGCAACCAAGUUCUGCGGAUGUUAAUUUUCGAUGGAUGUUUGGAGAUGGUUCUCCUGUUCAGCUGACUUGGAUGCCCAUUGUCAAUCAUUCCUACCAGGCUCCCGGAGACUACCUGGUAUUGGUUAAUGCUAGUAACCUAAUUGGCUUUGCAAUUGCUCAAAUGACUGUCACAACUAGGAUCUUGGAGUGUGAGGAGCCUGAAGUUCAACUUGUGCUGCCUCCUCAGGUUAUAAUGAAAAGGUCACAAAGGAAUUAUAUUGAGGCAGAAAUAAACUUACGUGGGUGCAUAAGCUAUCAAACUAAGCACUUGUGGCAAAUUUACAGAGCUUCUAGUUGUCUUCAUUAUAGUGAGUUAGACAAAGUCCACCUCCAACAUGUGGAUGUAAGCAGACCUCAGCUGGUUGUACCCAAGUUAGCUCUGGGCAUUGGAGACUAUUGUUUUGUUUUUUCAGUUACCUUUGGUGACACACCUCUAUCCAGAAGUAGUUUUGCUAAUGUAACAAUGAUGCCAAGCAAGUUAGUUCCUAUCAUUGAUGGUGGGUCUUACCGUGUUUGGUCUAAUAGUCGGGAUCUUAUUUUGGAUGGAGAAAAAUCUUACGAUCCCAACCUAGAAGAAGAUGAGCAAACUCCAUUGCAGUAUGAAUGGUCCUGUACAUUAUCUACAAAGUCUUCAGAGGCAGCUGGGUGUUCGUCAGAUUUCAUUUCAGAGGCUGGUAGAGUGACCAUCCCCAAGUCCAUGCUAACAGCAGACGUGGAGUAUACUUUCUUUUUGACAGUCAGAAAAUCUGGACGACAACCCGAGUCCACUAAUCAGACGGUACUAAUUAAAAAAGGAAGCGUCCCUAUUGUGUCUCUGAAAUGUGUGUCAUGUAAGGCACAAUCUGUGUACGAGGUGAGCGCCAGCUCUUACGUCUACCUGGAGGGAAGCUGCACAAACUGUCAAGAUGAGGCCAGAUCUGGGAGAUGGACAGCACAGAGUUUCAGUAAUCGGCCUUUGGCUCUGAACUCAACCACCACAUCCACAGGAGACAGAGAGAUGAACCUGGUGCUGAGACAGGGGGUUCUGAGGGAUGGAGAAGGCUACAAAUUCACUCUGCAUGUCAGUGACCCCACAAUGGAAGAGGAAGGAUUCGCUUCUAUUGAUCUUCUACCCAACACCCCCCCAUCUGGUGGGACCUGCAAGAUCAACCCCACUAGGACAAUUCAUGCUUUAGCCACAAAGGUCCAGUUUAAUUGCACAGGUUGGAGAGAUGCAGAGGAUGACAGUCCCUCUCUGGUUUUCAGCCUGAUUGUUAAGCGCUGCCGGGACGACCACUGUGAUGAAUUUUGGGUUUACAAGGGAAGCCGCUCAGAACACAGCACAUUUCUACCCAUUGGUUUCAACGAGUCACACUAUUUGGUGAACAUUUCUGUUGUCGUUCAGGACCAGCAGGGAGCAGCAACCUUGGCUUUAAACCAAUCUCUGGUGAUCUCUAUGCCCGUCGUCCCUGAUGGGUUUCGUAGCCUAGCUCACUGGCUGUAUAACCUGACAGAGACCACCCUGCAAGGUCUGAUGAAGCAAGGGGACCCCCAGCACGUCACCGAGUUUUCCCUGGCUCUUAUCACAGUGCUCAAUGAGUAUGAACAGGUGUCACACAAAGAUAUAGACCCAAGCGAGCGAGACCUGCGAAUUAUAGUGCGCAAGAACAUCACAGACACCCUGAUAUCUCUGAAGGUCAACACUGUGGAUGACAUACAGCAGAUUUCUGCGGCACUAGCGCAGUGCACGGUGGCCAGCAAACAGCUUGUCUGUACAUCCUGUCAGCAGAAGACACUGCACAAACUGGAAGCCAUGAUGUCUAUCUUGCAAAACGAGACAACCCAAGGCACAAUGACCCCAACCUCCAUCGCAGACAAUAUCCUUAAUAUCAUGGGAGACCUUAUUCACCUGGUGAACAAUAAUUCUACCGUCUACAAGGAGGGAAAACUGUGCAGUGGAAACCACAUCCUCGCUGUAGCAUCCAAGGCCUAUGUCCUCUCAUCUGACCUCAUGCGCAUAAUGAUGAAGUCCAGGGUGUUGAAUGAGGAGCCCCUAACAUUGCAAGGAGGAGAGAUCCUUGCUUGGGGAAAGAGAUCGGACCCCCUGAACCUGCUUUGCUACAGUAACACGACGGGCUGUCAGUUCUCCAUACCUCAAGGCUUUAACAGUACAUUUCCUGACCUGACGGAUAUCAUACAAGUCAUGUUUCAAGUGGACUCAAACCCAUACCCCUUUGGUUUCAUUAGCAACUACACCGUAUCCACUAAGGUGGCAUCUAUGGCUUUUCAGACCAGUAACGGGAGCCAGAUUCCUGUAGAAAGCCUAGACUCUGAGAAGGCAAUUACUGUGUUUGUGGCCAACAGCAGUGGGGUGGGGAAUAUUACAGCGGGGAAGGCUAUGAUAGAGCGCAGACGUUCUGUGAAAGUAGAUGUCGAAACUGAGAGCAGUAAUUGGAGUGCCGGAUUACACCUACAGAUCACCUACCAGGUGCAGGAUGCACGUUAUACAGAUAGUGAGCCUGAGCCGUUUAUCACGGCAUACCUGCACGAAUCUGGACACCCAAACCAGUAUAACUCUACUGACGUCAAGCAGAUUUCAGCGGAAGCUUUGUCCGGACAAGACCACAAGCAGUACACAUUCUUCAUUGCUCCAGCGGUUGGGAAUCUGACCAGACACUUAUUCCUGAAUAUAACUAACCAUUACAUGUGGUCAUCUGUGGAAGUAACUUUGGGCAUCUACACCUCCCUGUGCCAGUACUUCGAUGAGAAUGAGGGGAGGUGGAAGACAGACGGAGUUGUACCGCUAGAGGAUACGCGACCGGGCCACGCCGUCUGUCUGACCCAGCACCUCACAGCGUUUGGAGCCAGCCUGUUUGUUCCUCCGCAUUCGGUUAACUUCAUCCAUCCACCUCCCCCACCUGGGAUCAACUACAUUGUGCUGCUCACCUGUGCGGUUUGUUUUGUCACCUACACUGUCGCCAGUAUCAUUGUGCACAAGUUGGAUCUAAUUGACGUAAACAAAGCUGGAAUCAUCCCGUUCUGCGGCAAAGACGGAUUCUAUAGAUACGAAGUCCUGGUGAAAACAGGAUGGGGUCGUGGCUCUGGUACAACAGCUCAUGUUGGAAUCAGCCUGUAUGGAGUAGAUAAUAAAAGUGGUCAUCGGCAUCUGGAUGGAGAGAAUACAUUCCACAGGAACAGCGUGGACAUUUUCCAAAUUGCUACGGAGAAGAACUUGGGAAACGUGUGGAAAAUCCGCCUGUGGCAUGAUAAUAAGGGUCUCAGCCCAUCCUGGUACGUGCAACACGUGAUCAUUCGUGAUCUCCAGAGUAGUAAGAAUUUUUUUUUCUUGGUGAAUGACUGGCUAUCAGUAGGACAGGAGGACAGUGGACGCCGGGUGGAGAAAGAAAUUUUUGCUGCUAGUGAAACAGAAUUGAAAAGAUUCUCCCGGAUUUUCAUGGCAGAGCUACAACGUGGCAUAUCGGAAAAACAUGUUUGGCUGUCGAUGUGGGAUCGGCCACCCCGCAGCCGCUUCACCCGUGUGCAAAGAGCCACUUGCUGUGCCCUCCUCAUUUUCCUUUUCCUCUGUGCCAAUGCCGUAUGGUACGGGAUGGUUGGUGAUAAGAAUCAUGGGGAUGUCCCAGUGUCUCAGCUCGUCCCUCUUAAUGUAGACUCGGUUGCAGUAGGUCUGGUGAGCAGUGUAUUGGUGUAUCCCAUCUUCCUCGUUAUACUCUUCCUCUUCAGACGGGCACGCAGUACGACCCGUAUCAGACAAUCCAUCACAUACUUUGAUCAGCAGUCUUUGGAAAUCGAUAACUACCUAGACACAAUGAUAAUGGAAAGUUCCUUCAUAACAUACACAGGAAUUCAUGGAGAGGCAUUUUCGGAACAAACCAAAACUGAUAUGCCGGUGGACGAUGCAAAGAGUUUCUCCCAGUGGAAUUCUGAGGGGAUGCUUAGCUGGCCAGACUUGCUCAGUGAUCCAUCCAUCAUGGGAAACACAUUUCAGAAGCUGGAGAGACGAAGGACCAGCCGCCAUCUUAGAAUUGAUGCAACUUCUCACCCCAGUGAAGAUGACAGUGUGGUGGGCGGCCUCCCUCAGCCUUUAGCGCAUACAUUUCUGGCAUCAGAUGGCACUGGUACCAUGUCCCUCCCACGAGAUCUCAGAAGGAUUUCCAGGACUGAGACGGAUCUACUGUCUGAUUUAUCUAAUACCUUUGGGGAAAAGAAUGAUACCAUAAUGUUAGAAAAAAUGAACGAGAAGGGCCAAGCACUGCAUGCUACAGAGGUGGCAAAAUCUGCCAAAUCGACAAGGACAGUGAUCACAGAUGCUUUCCAGAGACGCAGACAAAUGUUACCCUCCUGGUGUACACGAGUCGCUCACACCCUGAGCUGUUUUCUCAUCCUUUCCUGCCUUAUUGUCUCAUCUUGGAUUGGGGUGAGCUUCACGUCCAACGUGGGUCUCAUGUGGCUGAUUUCUGGGAUUUUCUGUUUCCUGUGCUCCUUCUUUAUCCUGGAGCCACUGAAGGUUUUGGUAGAAGCUGUUUACUUUGCUGCGGUGGUGAAGCGUCUGCACCCUGAGGAAGAGGAUACGCUGGUGGAAUGCCCGUUGGUAGAGCACGUCUCAGAGAAAAUUACAAAAGUACGGCCUCCGCAAGGUUUUGCUCUUUUUCAAGCCAGGGAAGAGGCAAGAAAGGUGAAACUGCUCCACAGGAUGCUGAAGAAUCUAGUAAUCUACAUGUUGUUCUUCCUGGUUGUCCUUCUCACCAAUUACGGAGACUCUACCAGAAACCCUAAUACCUAUUUACUGCAGCGCUCAGUUAGGCAGGAGCUAUCCAGCAACCGUUUCCUGCACAUUAGAAGGGCUGAUGAAUUCUGGGCCUGGACAUCAGAUAUCCUGCUGCCUUAUCUGCAGAGUAACCAUAGACUGCGCAAGAGUUACAGUAGUGUCCUGGGAGCAACUCGCAUGCGACAGAUCCGUCACAGGAAAGAACCUUCUCUGCCCACCCACGACACAUACCACCAGGACCUAAAGACCUCUGACAGUGGCUGGAUUAGGAUCUCCACCAAUCUCAAUCCAGAAUGGACCUUCUCCCCUCCUGAUGCUACAGGGGCCUGGUUUUGGGGUUCCCUUGCUUUUUACGACAGCUCAGGGUAUGUUCAGUAUCUUGGAGAAAGCUUGGAGGAGAAUGAAUCCAUCUUGGAGAAUCUUCAGAAAAACCACUGGAUUGACAGUCUGACACAGGCCGUAUUUGUUGAAUUCUCCCUGUACAGCCCGGGAGUUGAUCUGUAUGCUUCUGUGACUCUGUUCCUGGAAUUCCCUCUGGCUGGCAGAGCCCUUCCUUCCAUUGAGGUCAGGGCCUUUCCACUGUUGCGCCUUGGUAGUGGCACCCACCUCCUCCUUAUCAUGAUGGUCUUCCUCAUGGUAUUUGUGGUUUACUUUGUCAUCUCGGAGUGCUUGGUGAUCAGAAAGGAGGGUCAUACCUACUUCUCUCACUUCUGGAACUAUGUGCAGUGGCUGCUCACGGCGCUCUCUGUUGGCACAGUGGUAGUGUACCUAAGUAGGGCCAGUCUGGCUGACCAGCAGUGGAACCAGUACCUGAAGGAUCGAGCCACAUUCAUAAGCUUGCACCAUGUAGGUUUCCUGGGCAGCACAUUUCACAGCCUGUCGGCAUCACUCCUCUUCCUACUUACAAUCCAGGCUGCUCACCAGAUGCGUUUUGUUCGAGAGUGGUCGGUUUUUGGAAGGACUCUGAGCAUGUCAGUACGGCAGUUGUGCGCAGCUUCUGGAGCGUUCCUAGGCGUGAUCAUAGCAUACGCACAGCUGGGCUUCUUGCUCUUUUCAGCGUCCUGGGAGAAUUUCCGCAGUCUCGGCUCCAGCAUCCUCACAUUAUUUGCUGUGAUUGGUGGUAGUGUUAGCGUGAAACCUCCCUACCCAGAUUCCUCAUGCCUGCCCCGCCUUUAUUUCAUAAGCUACCUGGCACUGGAGGUUUGGAUUCUGCUACGUCUCUUUACAGCUACACUAAUAUAUAAUUACCAGCACAUGCGGAUGGAGAUGUUCCGACCAGCUUUCGAACCUCAGGACUAUGAGAUGGUCGAGCUGUUCCUCAGAAGGUUAAGGAUAUGGAUAGGAGUCAGCAAGGUUAAAGAGUUCCGACAUAAAGUUCGCUUUGAAGGAAUGGAACCUCUUCCCUCACGUUCCUCAAGUGACUCCAAAUCUCUGCGUGGCCUCACCCUAAGUGCUGCAUCUGACACCUCCUCCUCAUCAUCAUUCUCUACUAUCUCCAGUCAGCUUGAUACUCUGAGCGCCGGGAGCGCCAGGGAAAGGGCCGAGGUUGAUGCCAACAUCCAGAGGCUGCUGCCUGUGCUAGAGACGCUGCUCUUGCAGUUUGAUCUAGUAAAUGAAGCCACAGAGGAAGUGUACCAUAUAGAACGUGGUCUUGAAGUUCUACAGUCGAGAAUGGCCAAGAGAAGAAGUCCACAGACCAAAACAAAUGGAGAUCACCAAGCCCGGAGAAACCAUUCCAAGCCUUUGCUUACCAGCAGAACUCAAGAUAACCCUUGCGCACAAACACAAAAUCUGAAUCCUGAUGCAAACAGCUGGGGACGAAAGCAUCCUAAGCUUGAUCCAAGACCAUCAUCUGCCUCUAAGGAGACCUCGGCAACAAGUAAAGCAACGGGAGAAGAGCCGGCUCUUAUCCCUAUGCAGAUUACAUACUCUGCCCAAACCAAGAAGAGGCGGUCAGUGCGAGCCAACAACAGAGUGCACCCCAGUGUAACUUAGCAGGAAUACUCAUUUCCCCCCCCCACACACACACACUUUUUGGGUCAUAUCCAAUUUGGUAAAUAUGGAAAGAUUCUGGAUCCAAGGUUUGGAAAAGGCUUGCCAGAGAAAUGUUUCCUAAUAAGACUUUAGAUUAUCCCUCAAAGGGAAUAUUUUGCAGCAGUCUUUCCUUUGUCCAGUUUCAAGACAACCAACAGUGUUUGUUCUUAGCAUAACCUUGAUAGGGCCCUGGUGGCUCAUGGUUUUAAACCUACCCUGCUAUAAGCCCUGGUGGCUCUAAAGCUGCAAGCGUAUCCUGUUAUAAGCCCUGGUGGCUACAGUGACCCCAUUUCCCUACAGGCCCAGGUGGCCUGUGAUCUUAGAUAUGGCUUCAAUGGGCCCUGGUGGCCCAUUCUUUGUAUGAGGCUUCUAGAUAGGCAGCAGGCUGCCCAGAAUAAACUACACAUUAUCUUAAUGGUGCUCUUGGGCUGGAGAUUGGAAAAAUUGAGUUACUAAAUACCACUUCCAGUGUUCACAGAAAUGCUGAAGUGCUAUAGAAGUUAUUCAGAGUCCAUCAGAAUUCUGGAGAUGCUUCUUGCAACAUACUGAUGGUGCUUUUAAAGGGAGCGGAGAGGUGUGUCCUGAGGUUGAUAUUAAAACAGGCUCGGGAUCAUCAUCCUUUCUGAUCUCAGUGUCUAAAUUUUUCAGGGUGCUGCUAAAGCUUCCCAUUCCCCCCAAAAUCCUGGUCUCAAAUGUGAGACUUAAGACCUCAUGAAGCACUUAGGGAACAAGAUUUUUUUUUUAUAUGAAAAUGCCUUAUUAGAUUACUUAAGUUUUAUACAGACUAUAUUACAGAACACAGCACUAAACUUUGCCUUAAUGUCACAUCUGAGUUUACAUGACACAUCUUCUUCCUUUUAUGUGGAAAUGAAAUAAACCUCACCUUCAUGGAGUGAUCAAGAAUGGAAAUGGAAGCCCAGUAGAUAGGAUUUGUAAAGAAUAACUAUGCACAAUGAGAACAUUAUCCACUAGAGGGUUCGUAAUGACAAAGAGAUGAUAGGAUAUGCAUAAAAUAUCUGCUGUUUUACUACUAAGCUUUCAUAUAUUUGCAACACUUUGUAUCUACUCUGAAGGAUUUAAGAAAACUCACAUUAUUACAAAGAAGGAUCGAAGACAAGACGUGAACCCUAAACUCACAGGCUAUGCUAAACAUGGCGGUCGUGCUAGCUAGCUGUGCGUUUUCUAGACACCGGGUAGUUACAAAAUAAUAAUAAUGUAUUACCUUUUUUCUUUUUGAAUGUAUUGUCAUUAUCAAAUAUCUAUAUAUAAAUAUAUAUAUAUAUAAUUUGUUUAUAUUUUAAUUUAGCUGUUUGCAUGGAGCGCCUCGCACUUUACAGAAAGCUUUUUAUCAUGUUGUUAGAACAGAAUCAGAUAACAAAAACAGAAGGUAAUUAAUCUGGAAGGAAAUUGCUGAGCUGUGAAUAAUUUCCCUCUUCUGCGCUGCCCUGUUAAUAAGCAGUGCUUAAAAGUAGGACAGCCAAGAAGUCCCUAUAUCUUAUGAUGGCCUAAUGCCGCUUUUUAAUUCCAACAUUGUUAAUAAAAUGCUGUCCCAAUGCAUAAGGUGAAACUAGUAAAGAAAAGUGACCAAAUAACAUAUUUCAGAUUUCUGUAGGUUCAGUUGUUCUUAAACCCCCUCCUCACCAGGCCACCAAUCAAAGUGAAGUUGAAUCCAUGUUAGAGCCCUCCUCUUAAUACUAGAGAGACUAAGAAAAUUGACAAAUUAUACAGUAGGGACAUUUUAUUUUACAAUUUGAUAUAGUUUGGUACAACAAAAUUCUUCAUUAAAUCAUCUUCAUUAAUACAUUCAACACCUUUCCAAAAUCUGUGACUUCUACUUCUCAUUGAAGGUGAAAUGUCCACAGCACUGUAAGUCAUAAGAUAUUUAUUGCAACAUACAAGACCAGUAAAAGUGUGACGUUUUGGGCUCAAACACCCUUAAUCAUGCAAGACUUCACAAUACACAUGUGACACCUUUUAAGUGUCCUUCAACCAAUACAAUUAAUCCUUCAAUUAACCAUUUAUGAUUUUUACCAAAAAAGAAAACAUCUUACAUAUUAUGUACACAAGUUAAAAACAAUUUCCUCUCUCUGUUAAACUUAUUUGACUGUCUGCAGCAUAAGGAUUACGUAUUUAUAUGACAUAUUAUUGAAACUAUAUAUCAAACUAAAGAGAUACAUCAUGCAAAAGAAUACAACCUGAAAGAGAGAAAGACAAGUAAAAUUAAAGAAAUACAGAAAGGUCAAAAUCCCUAUUGAAGCCAUUAGGAUGCGUGGAAUUGAAUCUAUGUAUCCAAUAUUCCGCCUUUUGUUUGAGCAAUUUCUCCCUCCCUAUCUCCUCCUGCCCUGGGAAUAUCAACAUGAUCGAUGAUCUGCCAUCUUAUUUGAUUAAUUUGAUGACCCCUCUCAACAAAGUGGCAUGCAAGGGGUUGCUUGUUUAUCGCCUUUUCUAGUGUUGGACCUAUGUUGAUUAAGGCGCUCUCUCAUUUGAAGAGUAGUUUCACCUAUGUAAUUUGUGGCACACGGACACUUAAUUAAAUACACCACAAAUGUUGAUUCACAUGUGUAAAAAGAUCAGAGGGCGAGUAAAAUAAUCCCCUUUAAUGACAGAACUACAAUGUGUGCAACCCAGGCAUGGGAAAUUGCCUAUAUUUUUCUUAGUGAUAUAUCUAGUCUUAUCUUUAAUAUUGAAACCUAAAUCAGUUCUUACUAACAUAUCUUUCAAGUUUCUAACUCUCUUAUAGGCCAUCAUGGGAACUUCCUGGAGUGACUCCACUCCCUUAUUGCAACUUUUCCUAAUAUGCCAAUAUUUUUUUUAAUAAAUUGUUAAAUAAACACAAA